AUGUCUGCUCCACACGGGCCCCGGGGCGGCCCUGGCCCUGCUGCUGCUGCUGCCUCAGCGGCCGGCGCCAUGCCGGAGAUGCCGGACCUCAGCCACCUCACAGAGGAGGAGAGGAAGAUCAUCCUCGGUGUCAUGGACCGACAGAAGAAGGAGGAAGCGAAGGAACAGUCGAUGUUAAAAAAGUUGCACCAGCAGUUUGAGUCGUAUAAGGACCAGGUUAAGAAGAUGGGGGAGGAGACUAAACCGGUUCAGGACCAGAAGAGUGAAGCCCCAACCUGCGGGAUAUGCCACAAAACCAAGUUUGCCGAUGGCUGUGGCCACCUCUGUUCAUAUUGCCAAACGAAAUUCUGUGCUCGGUGCGGAGGACGAGUGUCUCUGCGGUCAAAUAAGGUUAUGUGGGUAUGCAACUUGUGCCGAAAACAACAAGAAAUCCUCACCAAAUCGGGGGCGUGGUUCUACGGCUCGGGGCCUGGUCAGGUGCGGGGCGUGUUUGAGGGCGGGCCGCAGGGGAAGAAGGCCAAACUGCAGGACCCGUCCCUGUACCCCUACCAAGGAGCCUCAGGGGACUUGACACCAGCGUCAGACAGAAGCAGACCUCACGGCGGGCUCCUGCCCAGACAGUCGUCCCUUGACAACGGCUCGGGGCUGAGGUACCCCGUACCCGGCAACACACCCAUAGACAGGAAACGAAGCCCAUCUGCAUCCAGGGAUCCAAACCAAAAAUACGACCAAAGGGAGGGGGGCGACCACUCACAGUAUGCCCCGACGGACGGCAGCAUGCCUAGAUCACCGUCUGACUACGGGGAUGGGGACCCUCGGCGGGCUCCGCGGGGCCCACACUUGUACCCAGAUGUCGAUGCAGCACGGAUGGGCUACCGGGACAGGCGGGGCCCCGGACGCUGGCACUCCCAGGAAUACCCGCUGGACCAGGAGCUAGAUGGACCGCCCAGCGAGUAUGACCUCCAGCGGCAGCGCCAGGAGGAAUUCCAGACGCGGUAUCGCAGCGAUCCCAACUUGGCACGCUAUCCUGUUAAGCCACAGCCCUAUGAGGAGCAAAUGAGGAUGCAUGCUGAGGUGGGCCGCAUGAGGCACGAGCGCCGCCAUAGUGAUGUCUCCCUGGCCUACACGGAGCAGGAUGACCCAGGUCCCAUCCGGUUAUCCCGUCAGCAUCUCACCGAGCGCCGGCCUCCUAUGGUGGGACAGCGCUCCUACUCUGUCGACCGCUCAUCCCCUGGGCCCAUGGGUCCCGGCCUCGGAGGCCACAGAACCUCCAACCACAGCCCCCCGACGCCGCACCGUAGCCCUGUGCUGGGUGACCGAUCUGGGGACCUGCGGAGAGGUGACCUGGGUGUAGGUGGUGAUCCCAUGAGGAGGCAGCAACACCACUUGGACCCUAGCUCAGCUGUCCGCAAAACCAAGAGGGAAAAGAUGGAGAGCAUGUUGAGAAACGACUCUCUCAGCUCAGACCAGUCGGAGUCGGUGCGCCCGCCACCCCCUAAGCCCCACAAAACCAAAAAGGGAGGAAAGAUGCGGCAGGUGUCGCUGAGCAGCUCAGAGGAGGAGCUGGCCACCACGCCAGAGUACACCAGCUGUGAGGAUGUGGAGAUAGAGAGUGAGUCAGUCAGUGAGAAAGGGGACAGUCAAAGGGGAAAAAGAAAAACUAUUGAGCAGGCAUUUAUGCCCGAGCCGACACACACCUUAUCUGAGAGGCAAAAGAAAAUGGUGCGCUUUGGGGGACACUCAUUUGAAGAGGACUUGGCAUGGUGUGAACCGCAGGUUAAAGACUCUGGAGUUGAUACGUGCAGUAGCACUACCCUAAACGAGGAGCAUAGCCAUAGUGAGAAGCACCCAGUGACGUGGCAGCCGUCCAAAGAUGGGGAUCGCCUAAUAGGGCGUAUUUUGCUAAACAAGCGCAUGAAAGAUGGAAGUGUGCCUCGAGACUCAGGAGCGCUGCUUGGUCUGAAGGUGGUGGGAGGCAAGAUGACAGAAUCUGGUAGACUUUGUGCUUUUAUCACUAAAGUGAGGAAAGGAAGUCUAGCAGACACUGUUGGACACCUCAGACCAGGUGACCAGGUGCUGGAGUGGAACGGGAAGCUCUUACAAGGAGCCACAUUUAAAGAAGUUUACAAUAUCAUUCUAGACUCCAAGCCUGAGCCGCAGGUGGAGCUGGUGGUCUCACGGCCUAUAGGAGAUAUUCCAAGGAUACCAGACAGCACACAUGCACAACUGGAAUCAAGUUCGAGUUCUUUUGAGUCUCAGAAGAUGGAUCGCCCGUCCAUUUCUGUCACAUCCCCCAUGAGUCCCAGCAUGCUGAGGGACGCCCCCCAGUAUCUGUCAGGACAACUCUCAGUCAAACUGUGGUAUGACAAAGUGGGCCAUCAGCUAAUCGUCACCAUCCUGGGUGCCAAAGACCUGCCACCCAGGGAAGAUGGCCGGCCCAGGAACCCUUACGUCAAAAUCUACUUCCUCCCUGAUAGAAGCGACAAAAGCAAGAGGAGAACAAAAACAGUAAAGAAAUCCUUAGAGCCCAAAUGGAACCAGACCUUUAUGUAUUCGCCGGUACACCGGCGGGAGUUUCGGGAGCGCAUGCUGGAGAUCACAUUGUGGGACCAAGCCAGGGUGAGAGAGGAGGAGAGCGAGUUCCUGGGAGAGAUACUUAUUGAGCUGGAGACAGCUCUUCUGGAUGACGAGCCACACUGGUACAAGCUUCAAACCCACGACGUGUCCUCCAUCCCGCUCCCACGUGCCUCCCCAAACACACAGCGCAGGCAGCUCCACGGAGAAAGUCCAACACGGCGACUGCAGAACAAAGGCUCAUAUUCAUACAACUCAGGAUCCCAGAGAAUAAGUGACAGUGAGAUUUCAGACUACGAUUGUGAAGAUGGUGUCGGGGUAAUAACAGACUACCGGCCAAAUGGCAGAGACUUCCAGAGCUCCACGUUGUCUGUCCCUGAGCAGGUGAUGUCAUCUAACCACUGCUCUCGGUCGUCUGAUAUUAAUCGUGCACGGUCGCGCUCUCCCAGUGUUCCCCCACCUUCCAGCAGAAGUCUGGACCCCGCCUUUGACCUUAGGCCUUCUCAGUACAGCACCUCCACUAGAGUGGACCACCACAGUGUGUCCGAAGAUAACUACUCACCUGACAGCCAUUUUCUCACCCUACCUCGAACCAGACAUACUCAGCCUAUUGAUGAUCCUCAAAUGGACCCCAGGAACCACGGAGCCAUGGAUAGACACGAGUAUCACAGCAGGUCCCGCUCUGCAGACCAGCGGCCCACUAUAGAGCGCCCCUCAUCUCGCUCACGGUCCACUGAACGCCCCCACGACUCUUCGCUCAUGAGGUCCAUGCCGUCUCUGCCAUCUGGGAGAUCCGCCCCCCCCUCACCUGCCUUGACGAGGGCACAUCCUCGUAGUGGAUCAGUCCAGACCAGUCCCACCAGUACCCCCAUGUCCAGUAGACGAGGACGGCAACUCCCACAGCUUCCACCCACGGGGAAAGACAGAAGUAUGGACAUGGAGGAGAGGACCAGACAGAUGAAACUGAAGAUGAACAAGUACAAACAGGGAGCAGGCUCUGACUCCAGACUGGAGCAGGACUACCACAAGCGUUCAGGCAGAGAUCCACGGGGCUCAGAUAACCUGUCGGCCAAGUCAUCGGACAGUGAUGUAAGCGACGUGUCCGCUGUGUCGAGAACCAGUAGUGCCUCUCGGUUCAGCAGCACGAGCUACAUGUCUGUCCAAUCAGAAAGGCCGCAAGGAAACCGCAAGAUCCGUGACUUUGCAUCCAAAAUGAAAAACAGGCAAAUGGGCUCGUCGGGCGGGAUGAACAUGACCAAGAGCACAAGCGUCAGUGGGGACAUGUGUAACUUGGAGAAGACGGACGGCAGCCAGUCAGACACAGCGGUUGGCACGGUAGGCACUGACGACAAGAAGAGGCGCUCCAGCAUUGGUGCCAAAAUGCAGGCCAUGGUUGGCAUGUCGCGCAAGAGCCGGAGCACCUCUCAGCUCAGCCAAACAGAAGCGGGAGGUAAGAAGUUACGCAGCACGAUCCAGAGGAGUACAGAGACGGGCCUGGCGGUGGAGAUGAGGAGCCGGAUGACUCGGCAGGCCAGCCGGGAGUCCACGGACGGCAGCAUGAACAGCUACAGCUCCGAGGGAAAUCUCAUCUUCCCUGGUGUGAGGCUCUCCUCAGAUGCUCAGUUCAGUGACUUCCUGGAUGGUCUCGGCCCCGCCCAGUUGGUCGGACGACAGACAUUGGCUACUCCACCAAUGGGUGACAUCCAGAUUGGUAUGGUGGAGAAGAAAGGAGCGCUGGAGGUGGAGGUCAUCAGAGCCCGUGGCCUUGUGGGAAAACAAAGUUCCAAGGCACUGCCAGCACCAUAUGUAAAGGUCUACCUUUUGGAAAAUGGAGUCUGCAUAGCCAAAAAGAAAACAAAAGUAGCAAGAAAAACCUUGGAUCCUCUUUACCAGCAGCAACUGCCGUUUGAGGAGAGUCCGGGAGGGAAGGUUUUACAGGUCAUUGUUUGGGGCGACUAUGGACGUAUGGACCAUAAAUCAUUCAUGGGAGCAGUUCAGAUACUGUUAGAUGAGCUGGACCUGUCCAACAUGGUGAUUGGCUGGUUCAAGCUGUUUCCUCCUUCCUCACUGGUGGACCCUACUCUGGCCCCACUGACAAGAAGAGCUUCCCAAUCCUCUCUGGACAGUUUCUCUCGAUCAUAGCAGCGUGUGGACUGAUAGCGUUGUUGUAGCAGCCAGUGAUGCGAUUACAGGACACGCCCCCCGGUUACACUGCAUGCUUGAUGUUGUGUCUUCUGAGCCUGUUUCUAGGGGUGCAAACGUGAUCCUGUGUUUUAAGCAAAAACGUUGCGCACAUUGUGCACGUGGCGAAGCGUGUUGCAAGCUCCUGGUGGCUGGGAUUGCCAGGUGUUGUUGUUGUUGUUUGGAGGAAGCUGGAAUGAACUCCUUAGCACGAGGAAUCUGUCAGUUCCAGGUUUUCAUCCAAUUCGAAGCCAUGGGGGUCAGUACUGGGAACCGCUAAACGGGUUCUGCAGAAGCCCUUUUCGAAUGAAAAAUAAAUGUUUUGCUUUGAUUUUUAGUUUUUGUUUUUGUUUUCAUUAGUUUUUUUCUUUUAAUGUCAAUGUACUUGUAUCUGAAGGAGGUGACAGUGUUUCUAACCAGAUGCUUGGUCACGCCACGCCAACAGACCUAGCGGUGUAGAUGGAGUUUUGGAGACCAUCACUUUGGGUGAGGUAUGUCCCGGCUUAUGUCCACACUCCCCAAACCCCCAAAGUAAUGCCCUGCAUAAUCUAGGUUAUUGUACUGAAUCAAACUACUAGAACAGGUAAAUCACCAGAAAGACGAAAUCAUGCUCCUCCAAAAUUAAUCAGACGCAAUAUUGAAGUGGCUACCAUCAACACUCCGGAAUAUACAGUAAAGCUCCAAACCCCAUGAAAAGAUGUACAAUCUACCAUCAUUCUUUCUCUGUUGAUGUAUUGUAUGAAAAUUAAAUGAGAAAAAGAUAUUUUCUUUCCUUUUUAGUUCAUUUGCAUGGACACAAAUUAAGCAGAAUUUAAAAAAAAGAAAAUUAUUUUCUUGAGGCUGCAACUUGCAAAAAAAGAUUAAGACAGAAGAUAAAACAGAUCAGCCAUUUUCAACAAUUUAUAUUAUUUUUAAAGAUAAAUUUCACUAGUGCAUGGUUUUCAGGGGAGUGAAUGCAACAUCGUGAUUAAAAAAAAAUACAUUGUUUAUCAUUCUUUAGACCAUUCAGGAGUCUGUGUUUUGCAGACAUGCAGAUAAGGGAAACCUAAAGGAAACUUUUGGAGUUAUUUAACAGAAAAUGUUUAUGUGACAAAGUGAUAAUGAAAAUAAAUGUAAAUGAUUUAUUUCAUUGUAAAAGGCUCAUGCCUUAUAAAGAUAAACAUUAUGUGCAAAUUGUACAUGUUUCUCUUUUUCUUCCUUGUCCCAGGGUACUUCUCAUUGUACUAUUCAUUGCUACCAUUGUUCAGUCCCCUAUUGUCCAGAUUUUAGGACUGUUGGUUAUUUUACAGUUCUGUAUUGUUUCAGUAUGUAUUUUAUUUUGGAUUUGAUUUGUUUAACAAGCAUGUUGAAAAAGAUUUUCUGCAACAUGGCUUGGGCACACCUUAAAGUAACUCAGCAUGUUUUGAUAAAGAUGAUAUUUGGACUUUUUGCAGUUUCUUGUACAGUGCAUGUCAACUUCAUUACUUUUCUCCCUCACCUUAAAUUGAACUCUACAGCAAAUUAGUUAUUGGUCUUUCACGGCCAAUUAUUGAAAUUUUAACAAAAACAUUCCACCCCCAAGAUCAUAUUUUCUUUCAGGUUUUUGAGAAAAAAAAUGACAUGGAAAAUAUUUUAUAUUUAUUGGAGGUUGACAAAACAGUUGUGGUUGCAAGUGUAUUUUUUUUCAGUAUUGUUGACGAACAUGCAAAAAUUAUCUGUAUUGGUACAGCAAGAGGUCUACACCUAAUCAAGAGGCAGCAAACAUGCAAGAGAUGUAUGUUGCUGUGAUCCAAUUUUACAGGCACUGUUUGUGAAGAUGAGCUAAUCACAAGUUCAAAUAACAAGGGAUAUUGCCACAGAAAAUGUUUUUUUUCUUGUUUUAAUGAAAAUGAAAUUAAUUUACUAUAUUUUUGUUAGUUUUAUUUAAAAGCCAAGACCAGUUUAUUUUUUAUUUUCUAUUUUUAGUAAUUAUAAAUACUUCUCGUGUCUGGGAAGAAUAUGAAACUUAUAGUUGCAGUAUGUCUGAAUGAAAUUGAACUGAGGCAUUAUUUCUUUUCCAUAUAAUACUACGUUUUAAUGUCCAAAAAAACCUUGUCGCUGUAACCAGCUACAAUAUAUAUUUUCAUUUCUUUUUUCAUUGUAUAUACCUUUAGAUGUCAGAAUUUGAAUAAACAAGCUACUAUGGAUAGAUUGAUAAGACCCUUUUGGAACAGGAAAAAUGCCUCACAUGAUGACGAAGACAUAUGUUAUUUAUCCUUUUGAAUGCCUUUUAAUUUUCUCUUUUUGGUGCAAUGUGUUAAUGCCAAGGCUAUGUCUUGGCUAAGUAUGGUUGAGUACAGAGAUUUAUGUAAGUUAUUUUUCAAAUUAAAAAUAAAAAAUUGAUAUUACACUGAU